CACAGUGGCUCUGCCAGGCGGUUGCCAUGGCCGCGCUGACGGCCUGGAUCAGCCUCCUGGCGGCGGCAGCGUCGUCGUCGUCGUCGUGGUGGAGGCGGCGGCAGGUGGCACAGCCGGAGGGCGGGCCAGCCUCGCUGGGGCCCAGAGGCCAGGCGGCUCUGAGGGCCUGGCCGCCGCCGGCCAGCACCCGGGGGGCCAUGCUGCGCCGGCUGCGGGGCUUCGUGCUGCCCACGGCCGCCUGCCAGGAGGAGGAUGACACCUUCCCCUACGAGAUCCUCUUCCAAGACCUGGACCGCAACGGGGACGGGGUGGUGGACAUCACGGAGCUCCGCGAAGGGCUGAAAAACUGGAGCUCCACGUUUGGCAUGGAGUCGGAGAAGGAAAUUUUCAAAGCUGGAGAUACCAAUGCUGAUUCAGGCUUGGACUUCCAAGAGUUUAUGCAAUACCUUAAAGACCAUGAGAAAAAAAUGAGGCUGGCAUUUAAUAGUCUGGACUUAAAUAAGGAUGGAGAAAUAGAAACUUCAGAAAUAAUCUCUGGUUUGAAGUCAUUGGGUAUAGAUGUUUCUGAAGCUCAGGCAAAAAAUAUUCUCCGAAGCAUGGACAGUGAUGGAACAAUGACAAUAGACUGGGAUGAAUGGAAGUACUACUUUUUACUUCAUCCCGCAAAAACUAUCGAUGAAAUUGCUGGCUUCUGGAAGCGGUCUACUGUCAAAGAUGCGGAUCUUGGCAUCAGGGACACCUCAGCAGAAAGGAGACUUUGGAUAAUUGACAUAGGGGAGAGCAUAGCUAUUCCAGAUGACUUUACUGAGCAAGAAAAGAGUUCGGGACUUUGGUGGCGGCGUUUGGUGGCAGGAGGAAUAGCUAGCGCGAUUUCAAGGACGUGCACGGCACCUUUUGACCGCUUGAGAGUCAUGAUGCAGGUUCAUAGUUCAGAGUCAACGAGAAUGAAGAUAAUUGGUGGGUUUGAGCAGAUGAUAAAAGAAGGAGGAAUUCGUUCUCUUUGGCGAGGAAAUGGGACAAAUGUUUUCAAAAUUGCACCUGAGACGGUCAUCAAGAUCGGGGCCUAUGAACAGUAUAAGAAAUGGCUUAGUUUUGAUGGUGCUGCUAAAAUAGGAAUUAUUCAGAGAUUUAUAUCUGGUUCAUUGGCUGGUGUAACUGCUCAGACCUGUAUUUACCCCAUAGAGGUAAUAAAGACCAGACUGACUGUAGGUACAACUGGACAGUACUCAGGGAUUAUUGAUUGUGGCAAGAAGCUUCUGAAACAACAAGGUGUUAGGACCUUUUACAAAGGCUAUGUCCCUAACAUGCUAAGCAUUGUACCUUAUGCAGGCACAGACCUCACUGUUUAUGAGCUUUUGAAGAACUAUUGGCUCGAACAUAAUGCAGGAAGCUCUGUAGAACCUGGCUUAAUGAUUUUGCUGGGAUGUAGUACGUUGUCCCACACCAGUGGUCAGAUAGCCAGCUUCCCUCUGACCCUUCUUAGAACACGCAUGCAGGCUCAAGCACAGAAGGAAAAAACAACCACCAUGAUUCGUCUCAUUCAAGAUAUAUAUUUCAAAGAAGGAAAAAUGGGCUUUUUCAGGGGCCUCACCCCAAAUAUCAUAAAAGUGCUUCCUGCAAUAGUCAUCAGCUGUGUGGCUUAUGAACUAGUGAAAAGACCGUUGGAAUUAACUUAGAAGUGAAAUAUGAAAUUGUUGUCAUUACUGUAAUCACUUAAUUAUAAGAUAAUACCUGGGUUAUAAAGAGAAAUUGGUCUCUUCCUAAAAGGAAAGAAAGUAUCAAAUAAUUGUUAAAACAUUUUCUCUUUAUUUUUUUUAGUAUAAAAUCUAUAAAUGAAAUAAUCAUUUUGGUAAAGUGGACCCAAUUAUUGCAUCAGAGGUCAAAGUCCCAGGCUGUCUUUCUUUUUUUAAAAAUUAAAACAUUAACAUUUAUUAAGUGCCUGCUAUGUGCCAGGUAUUAUUUCAAGGCACUUUAAAAGGUCCUCUUGCUUAAUUCUAACAACCAUAUUAGAAGAUUGAGGAAGAGAGGAAGGGAGAGGGAGAGAAACAUUGAUGUUAGAGAAACAUCAAUCAGCUGCCUCCUGCAUGCCCUCUACUAGGGAUGAGCCUGCAACCCGGGCAACCUUUUAGUGCCCAGGACGAUGCCUAACCAACUGAGCCACACCGGCAAGGUUAUCCCAAUUUUCAGUUGAGGAACUAAGUUUAGAGAGGUCAGUGCUUUGGAAAGAUCUUUUAACAUUCUCUCCCCCACUAAGGAUUGCACUCAGCCCUCACUCUCAGGGCCUCUGUUUCACACGGAGGCCUACUGUUUGCUAUAACCUUGGGUAUAGCUUGGAUAUUUUGUAAAAUCUCUUAAAGUGAUGAUUGAGCCCAUUGUCCUCAGUGUACAGCCUCUCAGUUCUCUUAGAUUGAGUCUCUCAUACCACUUUCCAAUAAAGGCACCAGGAUUCCUUAUUGAAAUAACCAGUAGUAGGACUUGGGAAGGAAACAUACAUGAAGAGCCUGAGGACACAUACGCACACGUUGAUGGGACAUAGCAACUGAAAGCUUCCAGUCACCAACACUGGACCCAGUGGAGCAACACAUUAAUAAAGUAGAACUGGAUUAUAACCCGACAUGUAAAAUAAAUAUCCAGGAGUCCAUACUGAUGUAAAGGAAUGAUUAAAUAAAUAAAUG